CGACAGACAUCACACCUCCAGUGCAAUCCCUGUUCCAAAGAGACAAAGCUCCAUAUUUGGGGGUGCAGAUGUAGGCUUCUCUGGGGGGAUCCCUUCACCAGACAAAGGACACCGAAAACGGGCCAGCUCAGAGAAUGAGAGACUCCAGUACAAAAGCCCUCCUCCCAGUUACAACUCAGCGUUAGCCCAGCCUGUGACUACCAUGGGAGAGUCUGAGAGAAAGACAACAUCUCUGUCCUCCUCCUUGGAUACCUCCUUGGACUUCUCCAAAGAAAACAAGAAAAAAGAAGUAAAUUUGGGUGACAGCUUAAGUGGAGGCCAUGUGAGUGUGAAUGCUAGCCAAGAACAAGGUGAAGCCCUCUCUGGCCAUCCGGCCACAGUAAAUGGCACUCUCCUACCCAGUGAGCAGGCUGGUUCCACCAGUGUCCAGCUUGCAGGUGAGUUUCACCCAGUCUCAGAAACUGAGCUCUGCUGUACUGUGGAACAAGCAGAAGAAAUCAUUGGGCUGGAAGCCACAGGUUUCACCUCAGGCGAUCAGCUAGAAGCAUUUAACUGCAUCCCAGUGGACAGUGCCGUGGCAGUAGAGUGUGAUGAACAAGUUCUGGGAGAAUUUGAAGAGUUCUCCCGAAGGAUCUAUGCACUGAAUGAAAAUGUAUCCAGCUUCCGCCGGCCACGCAGGAGUUCUGAUAAGUGA